AUGAUAAAACAAGUGUAUCAUCAACUGCUUGGAGACUCUCCUAAAGUCCCCUGGAGGUACCUAUUGUUUCAGAACUUAGCCAGACCAAAAGCUCAAUUUAUAAUGUGGCUGCAAAUCCAGAAUAGACUACUUACUACUGACAGACUGCUGAAGUGGAACAUACAAGUCGAUCCUGUUUGUCAAAUGUGCCACAAUGGAGUUGAAACUAGAGAUCACUUAUUUUUUUAUUGUUGUUUUGCGCAACAACUUUGGCACAGAUUGAGGCCAGUGUUGCAAAACUGGAACUUACAAUGUCAGACAAUUCUCAGUGUUUGUAAAGGCAAGACCAUACAAGCUCAACUGAAUGGAAUGUUGUCUGCAGAGUUUAUCUUUGCUCUACGGAUAGAGAGGAACAAUAGCAUUUUUGAGAAAACGGAGAAACAACAGGAAAGCAUUGCCAAGGAAAUUGCCUGCGUCUGCAAUAUUAGAGCAUCUGCUCUAGUGAAAUCUAGGCUACAUAUGUGCAAGUUCUAA